GUAAUACAGUAUUACUCUUACUUUACAAAGAGGCUGAUCAUUCCACUUGUCAUUUUGGUCAGAAAAGAGCAAAAUGAAAUCAAGUGAACUAAUCCAUCAAUUACUAAUAAGCUCUGAAUGAAUACAGUAAACACAAGUGGUCGAUGAUGUGUACCCAUUUUCCCAGGUUUAAACGAGUUGAAAUCAAGUAGAAAAAUAUAAUACAAGCACAGAGCAGGUAUGCCUAAUCUACUCGAAGAUGGUUCAGUUAGCUUGAAAAAUGUUAGUUGCAAAUUUCUAACCCACCAGCGUCAGUCCUUAAACCCCCUUAGUAUAAAACACGCACUGCAACACCCUAAUCAGUAGACAAGCAACUGAGUCUGAUGGCAAACUCUUACAAGAAGCAGGUAAGAGAGCCACCUUCAGUUCCUUUUCUAUGGGAAGAAAGGCCGGGAAUCGCCAAAAAAGACUGGAAACCGGAGUUUUCUUCGAGUUGUUCAUUUCCGCCCCCUCCGGUCAAGUUUAUAGCCUGUGUCCCGUUUGAAUGGGAAGAAAAGCCAGGAACACCGCUACCAUCUUUCUCAGAACCAACAACGGAAUCAGUAUCUCCUCUGCAGCCGCUGAUGCUUCUCACUUACCCGUCACCUCCAACAAGCGCUGCCUCUCACCAACAUUAUCAUGAUGGUAAGCAUGAAGAUUACAAUGGCGAUGGAGAAGAAAGUAUGCUUCAGUUGGAGUUUGAAGCAUUUGAUUUUGAAACAGAUGAUUCAUUUCGCUCAGCUCCUUCUCUACUCGCAAACUGUCUUGUUCCAUCCGCGGCACUUUCUACUGCUAUUCCAGCACAUGAAACCAGAGUCACCACACCAACAGAAGAUAAGCGUGAUUGGCCCGAGACACCUUCCUCACCGGCAUCAGAUUCAGGCAGCAGUACUAGCAGCUAUGCAACUGGAGCUUCAAGCCUGGUGGGGGCUUCGUUUUUGGAAUGCCUCUUUCCACUGAUUCCUGCCAAUGCUGGAUUUCUUGAAAAAACGGGGCAAUCAGACAAAACCUCUCUUGCUCCAACAGAAGCAAAUAGUACAUAUUUUGAUCGCGAAAGUAAUGGCAGUGCUAUUUUUAGGAGGCCGAGAACACUUGGAGAGCUGAUAAUGAUGAGUCGACGGAGUAGUUGCAGGAGGAAAGCUGUUCAAAUGAGAAAACACAAUUUCUCAAUGGUAAAUUUCUGUUCUUACUCUUACGUUCACUGUUGUUUUCUAAGUUUAUUUGGUUUCUAAGCUACUCCGGAACAAACAUGGCUGUACCAAAUACUAGUUUCAUAUAGAUUCAGAAAACGAAAGAGAAUUACAUAUAUCAACUGUAGGUCAUUCCUUCUGACAGCACCAAGAUUUCAUAAACUGUUACUCUUUCCUGAAUGCAUCAAUGACAGGAACUCAUGAAGAAUAAAGGUUUUGGAUGCGGUAUCUUUGGAACUGGAAUCAAGGUGAUAGAAGGGCUCUACAGCAAGAGGAAGAACUUGCCGACGCUAAAACUGAUGUGAAGAAAAACACUGCUUAGAGUUUAAGCGAGCUACGCAGCUUCCAGUCAGCCCUCCAGAUGAUGAAAAGUAUAUAGCUGUCCAAUAUGUACCAAAUUUCGUACUAUGCAAAUACCUCAAGCGAGCUACGCUUGAAUGUGUGUGUAACUUCAAUAUCAAAUCUGUGAUUAUCCACAA